UACUUGAAGGGUUCAGGUUUCAGUUAGAUUCCCACAGCUGAGCCGGAAUAUGGUCUUAAAAUUGUGAUUGUUAUUUCUAGAAGAAUAAGAAGCUUGUCCUCCAAUCCGACUGAAAAAAUUACAAUACAGGUUCCAUUCAAUGAAGGAUUGUUAAAAAAUGAAGUCCUCUAUUUCUCGAGCAAGAUUACAAAACUCACUUAAUUCAGUCAAAGUUAGAUAUGCAUUAAGAUUAAUUAUGGUUAUUGCAGUGAUUCUUGUUCUUUUGUAUAAACUACGUGAAAAACAAGCUAUAACAGACAAAGUUAGAGAAAGUGAUGGACCUGUAGCAAUAGUGAUUGAUCAAAACAAUGUCAAGCAUGUUUAUGAUAGCCAGACGCAUCCAUUAAUCUUCAUAGGUGGACAUCCUCGAUCAGGGACUACACUAAUGAGAGCUAUGUUAGAUGCCCAUGAAUUUGUUAGAUGUGGUGAAGAAACAAGAAUUCUACCCCAUCUUAUAUCUUUGCGGAGAAUAUUCGAGGAGCCAGGGGAGCGACCAAGAUUAAUACAAGGAGGGAUAUCAGAUAGAAUAAUCCAUCGAGCAAUGGCUGCUUUUACCCUUGAGACAAUAGCUCAGCAUGGACCACCUCCUAAAGUUCUAUGCAACAAGGAUCCUCUUUUGUUAAACAAUGGAGAGUAUGUGUCAAAGCUAUUCCCUAAAUCUAAGUGGUUGUUCAUGGUUAGAGAUGGUAGAGCUGUUGUACACUCUAUAGUCACAAGAAAAAUAACAAUAAGUGGGUAUAGCAAUGACAACCCUGAGGAGGCUUUAGAGAGUUGGAAUGCUGCUGUUUCAAAAAUGGACAAUCAAUGUGAACUAGUCGGUCAUAGUAGAUGUAUGAAAGUGCAGUAUGAACAACUAGUUCUUCAUCCUCGAAGCAGCAUGGAAAAAAUACUCAAAUUCUUAAAUUUGCCCUGGGAUGAAACUGUUCUACAUCAUGAAUUAUUUGUUAACAAGGGAGGAGAACAUGGUAUCCGAGUAUCAAACAGAGAAAGAUCAUCGGAUCAAAUUAUCCAACCUAUAAAUAUCGGGGCUUUGACAAAAUGGGUUGGUUACUACUCCCAGGAUAUCCUGGAUAGAAUGCCAUUGAUUGCACCAAUGCUGCCCCACCUUGGUUAUGAUCCGUUAGAAAAUCCACCAGUCUUUGGUGAACCUGAUGUUGAAGUUCAGAACAUAACAAGGGAAUUGGAACUUCAGAAGAAUCUGUGGGAAGAAAAAGCUCAACUGAUGUUAUCAGAAAUGGAUAAAAAUAAAUGAUUUUUGUGCAGCUCCUAAUGUUUUUAUUUGUAAAUAUCUGAUAUUUUUUAUGAUUUUAAUAAAUUUUUUGUUAAU